CACUUAUAAAAACCCAUAAAAACGCCCUUCUUUUUACUUCUUUUUAUCUGUGUGCUAUCUGUACAUCACUUAAACAAACCAAAUUUCUUGUACCCAAUAUGGAGUGGACCCGUGGCCGUGCCAUAGGCCGUGGCGCCUCCGCCACCGUGUUCGCCGCCGCGUGGGCGGAUUCCGGGGAGGUGUUUGCGGUGAAGACGGCGGAGGUUUCCCGGUCGGAGUUUUUGGAGAGGGAGCGGGGGAUUUUGGCUAGUUUAGAGAGUCCUUGGAUUGUUGGGUAUAAAGGGUGUGAUGUUACUAAGGAGGAGGGAAAAGAAAUGUUUAAUGUUAUGAUGGAGUAUAUGCCCGGCGGGAAUCUUCUGGACGGAAUCCGGGUAAACGGCGGGAAGCUAAAGGAACCGGCGAUUGGGUAUUACACGGAGCAGAUUUUACGGGGACUGGAGUUUUUACAUUCCAAGGGUAUUGUGCAUUGCGAUAUUAAAAGCCGCAAUGUUUUGCUGGGGGAGAGUGGGGCCAAAAUCGCCGAUUUCGGUUGCGCAAAGUGGGCCGGUGAUCGGCGGCCGGCGGCGGUGGGUAUAGGUGGCACGCCGGUUUUUAUGGCACCGGAGGCGGCGCAGGGGAAAGAGCAGGGAUUUCCGGCGGAUAUUUGGGCGUUGGGGUGUACCGUUAUUGAAAUGGCCACCGGCGGCGCCUCGCCGUGGCCAAACGCCGCUAACCCGGCGUCGAUUCUUUACCAUAUAGCAUAUUCCGGGGAAUCUCCGAAGAUUCCGGAUUUCCUCUCCGACCAAGCAAAGGAUUUCCUGGAAAAAUGUCUGAAAAUAAAUCCUAAAGAUCGAUGGACGGCGGCUCAGCUCCUCAACCACCCAUUCCUUCAAGAAUCAAAUCCCAUUCCCAUUCCCAUUCCCAAUCAGAAUCAGAGUUCACCCACGAGCAUUCUUGAUCAGGGGAUUUGGAACACAAUGGAGGGCGAGGAUUUGAUCCGUACGCCUUCAUCAUUAGAUUCUCCGUCGGGGAGGGUGAGAAGAUUGUGUUUUGGUUCGCCGGAAUUGGCAGAGUGGGAAGGGAAUGAGGAUUGUUGGACCACAGUGAGAGGCGGUGAAAAGGAAAGAGGGUCGGUGACAGCUUUUAGCAGUAAUGGAAUGGAGGUGGAAAGGUGUCGCUGUUUGAGUGGCGAUGAUAACUUGUUAUUUAAUUAUGCCGUAGAUGACAAUGUUAGUUGUAGUAGUAGUUGUUGUUGCUCUACCGGUAUAGAACAGGUAGUAGUUGUAAUUACAACUCUCGAUUUUGAGAGACUCAAAGACAUGUCACUAUGUCAGUAAAACAACCUCCAUUUUUAUAAACGCCCUC